UGUCCGCGGCCCCGUGUCACUCACUCUCUCCGGUUUGUACAGUAGCGGUCGCGCCUUCCUCGCGCAGGCUUCCGUGGCGACCAGCUGAGAAGAAGAAGAGGAGGGAGAGGGAGAGGAAGAAGAAGAAGAACCCGGUUCUCGUGUCAGAUCCGCCGGUUAGCCGGUGAGCUAACGGGCGCGGCACCGCACGCCGGGAUGUAGCGGACUAAUAAUUAAACUCUCCGGGGACGAACUGCGCAGCACCUUAGCAUGCUAGGCUAACUCGGCGGAGAAACUACAGCCAAAGUGAACCCGCUCGCGUGCUAACGGCUCGGAGCUAACGGCUAACGGGGCUAGCGUCCACCUGCGGGGCGGUUGCUAGCUGACUGCCGCCGCCGCCGCGAGGCUAAACGGGGGGGGGAUGGACAGUUUGAAGGUAAACGAGUGUGGAGCGGCUCCGGCGGAGGGGAGCCCGGAUCCUGGCAGUGACGGUCACGGCAACUCCACCGCGAAGCCAGGCGGAUUGACUCCGCCGCUCGCCGCCGGGAAGAGACCGUCCAUCGGGGGGGAGGACGACGGAGGCGGCGGCGGCGGCGCAGAGGCGAAACUCUUCGGGAAGGGACUCGCGGCCACCUCCCUCCUCCAGAUCGCGAUCAGGAACGGGAUCUACCAGAACCAAGUGGCCAACAACAUCAACAUUCCCGCCAACAUCUACGGUCUGACGUCGGUGAGCGGCGGCGGCGGCGGCGCCUCGGUCAACUCUCUGCUGAGCAAGCGGCGCCAGAGGCACAAGCGGAACCUGUCGCUCGGGGCUCCGCCGACCGGCUGCUCGGCCGCGCUGUCCUCCUCCUCCUCCUCCUCGUCCUCCUCGGCCGCGGAGGCGGUGGCGCCCGCGCCCUCCGUGUCGCCGCUGAGCACCCUCAGCCUGGACCGGCGGACCUUCCUCCGGCAGAAGCAGUCGAAGCAGCUGCAGGCCUCGGACAGGACGUGGGCGAGGUCGGACCCGCGGCGGGGCUGCGUUCACGUCCACGACUGGCUCGCGCCCUCCUACCCGCGCCCGGUGCUGUGCACCGUGGACACCACCGCGCGGGAGCUCGCCUGCAGGCUGGAGGGCAGCAAAGCCGGAGCCGUGCUGAGGAUUAACCACAAGACUCCCGCCGCCGAUUCAACAGCUGACAACUGCCGGGACACCAGCGGGCUCGCGGACGACGCGAAGACUCUGCGCGGGGACGAGGAGGGCGACCGCGGGAAGCUGUUCCAUCCCGACGACACCACGGCGAGCAACUCCUCCUCGUCGUCGGUCCACCUGAGCGACGCGGACGCGGACCCGGACCCGAGCCUGAGCCCGAGCGUGGCGGACGGCUGCGGGCUCUACUCGGGCUCGGACGUGGAGAGCAGCACCUGCGACGAGCUCAGCCUCCGGAGCGCCGAGCACCGGGACGCGCCGGAGGGACCGAGCUGCGACAGCGCCCCGGAGGAGGGCGACGCCGACCCCUUCGAGAGCUCCUCGGACGACCUCGCCUCCUCUCCCGCGCACUCGACCGGCGAGCCCGCCCCCGGCUGCACCACAGAGCCCACCUCGGACCCCCCCGAGCUAACGGAGCCUCCGUCCCGGUGCCCCGGCAGCUCCCAGUCCAGGCCCCUGGGCGGCCGCGCGUCCGACCCGCAGGUCCCCGGCGGCGGGACGCGGCCGGAGCCCGUCGUCCACGUCGCCCCGAGCCCGGCGCUCUUCGUGCAGCUGCACGGUGGGGCCGUGCGGCGGCUGCGCGACGACGAGAGGCCGCUGCAGAUGCUGAACGAGUACCUCGCCGACCUGGGCUACGGGGACGCGUGGAGGGCGCAGGAGGAAGGGAUGAACCCGGAGACCGGCUGCCUGCUGCGGUUCUACUUCGGUAAGCCUCGCAGCGCGGGCGGCUCUGAGCGCGUGCAGCUCUCGGGCGCGUUCAACGUUCGCAAAGGGAAGCUGGCGCUGCCGGUGAACCGCUGGUCGAGGCGCCAGGUCACGCUGAGCGGAACCUGCCUCAUCGUGUCGUCGGUGAAACACGCCCACACGGGCAAGAUGCACAUCCUCCCGCUCAUCGGAGGAAAGGUGGAGGAGGUGAAGAGACACAGUCACUGUCUGGCCCUCAGCUCCGCGGGUCCUCAGAGUCAGACCUACUACAUCAGCUACGACUCCUACACUGAGCAUCUCCGCUGGCACAGGACGGCCUCCAAGAUUGCGUCGCAGAGGGUGAACUCGGUCGACCUGUCGUGCUGCAGCCUGGAGGAGCUGCCCGCUCAGCUGUUCUACAGCCAGGACCUCACGCACCUCAACCUCAAAAACAACUUCAUGUCGCCCCACAAAGGAGUUCCAGCACUCACCAGGUUUUGUAAACUGAGAAGCCUCAGUCUGUCAAACAACUCUCUGUCCCACUUCCCUCUGGCCGUGUGUGACAUCACCUCGCUCACCGAACUCAACUUGUCUGGGAAUCGUCUGUCGUCGCUGCCUGCAGAAGUCGGGACCAUGCACAAUCUGCAGACGCUGCUCCUCGACUGUAACUCCCUGAGCGUCCUGCCGGCGGAGCUGGCCGCCCUGGAGGCCCUGACCUACCUCGGCUUGUCCUUCAACUGCUUCGACCGCGUGCCGGCCGUGCUGGAGAACCUGCGCGGCGUGGAGAGACUCUGCCUGGCGGGCAACCAGCUCUCCGCGCUGGACAUGGUGGCACUGCAGUGGCUGCCCGCUCACCACGUAGACCUCAGAUUAAACCGGCUCCAGACGGUGACAGUGGGCGACUCGGAGCACCUGGUCCACGUCCUCCACCUGGACCUGAGGGACACGGGUCUACGGGAGCUGGACGUCACGUCGCUCUGCAGACUGGAACUACUGCGCUGUGACAGGAACUCCCUGUCCCUCCUCCGAGUCAGUGGCCACGCCCUCAAGAGCCUGCACGCCGCCCACAACGACCUGCAGCAGCUGGACGUCCAGCCCGCGCCAGAGAAUCUGACGGUUCUGGAUUUGUCCUGGAACAAGCUGGGGAGUGUCCCUGACUGGGUGUGUGACAGCAGCAGACUGGAGGUGCUGGACAUCAGUCACAACUGUGUUACUGAGCUGCCCAUACGGCUGCUGUCCAGCGGGAGCCUUAGGAAGCUGCUCGCAGGCUGGAACGACGUGUGUCGUGUGGCCGAGCGUCUGGAGAGGUCACAGCUUGAGGUCCUCGACCUGCAGCACAACCACCUGACGGAGCUCCCGCACAACCUGUUCAUGAAGGCCCAGAGCCUGCGUUACCUGAACGCGUCGGCCAACAAGCUGGAGAACCUCCCCGUCGCCGGCCAAUCGGACGACAGCUCCAGCAGCCUGGCAGAGCUCUACCUGACCAACAACAGCCUGACGGACAAGUGCGUCCCACUCCUGACGGGACAUGGCCUCCUCAGGGUGCUUCACCUCGCCUACAACCAGCUGCAGACCUUCACCGCCAGUAAACUGGCGCGGCUGGAGCAGCUGGAGGAGCUGGACCUGAGCGGCAACAGGCUGAGGUCGGUGCCCACCACCAUCCUCAGCUGCCAGCGCAUGCACACGCUGGCGGCCCACUCCAACUGCAUCAACGCCUUCCCAGAGGUCCUCCAGCUGCCGGAGAUCAAGUGCGUGGACCUGAGCUGCAACGAGCUGACGGAGGUGACUCUGCCGGAGACGCUUCCUCCGAAGCUGCAGGAGCUGGACGUCACGGGGAACCCUCGCCUCAACCUGGACCACAAGAGCCUGGAGCUCCUCAACAACAUCCGAUGUUUCAGAGUCGAUCCGUCUCCGUCUGCUGCGUGUGCGAGCGAGGGCCACGGGGCCCCGGCGGUCUGGAGCCACGGAUACACCGAGGCCUCUGGGGUCAAGAACAAGCUGUGUGUGGCGGCUCUGGCCCUGGACGGCUUCUGUGGCAUCCGCGAAGCUCUGUACGGCGUCUUCGACGGGGACAGGAACGUGGAGGUGCCUUACCUGCUGCAGUGCACCAUGGGAGACGUGCUGGCGGAGGAGCUCCACAGAGGCCAGAGGCAGGACGACUACAUGACCAACACGUUCCUCACCAUGCAAAGGAAGCUGGGCACAGCCGGGCAGAGGUUGGGCGGCUCGGCGGCUUUGUGCCACAUCAGACACGACCCCGUGGCUCCGGGCGGAGACGGCGGCUGCUUCACGCUGACGGCCGCCAACGUGGGCCGGUGCCAGGCGGUCCUGUGCCGCGACGGCAGAGCUGUGCAGCUGUCCGCCACGCACACCGUGAAAGAGGAGGCGGAGUAUCGGAGGGUUCGCCAGCACAACGCCGUCAUCACAGAGGACAACAAAGUCAGUGGUGUGACCGACUCCACCAGGAUCAUGGGAUACUCCUUCCUGUGCCCGUCGGUGACCCCUCGACCCCACGUCUCCACGGUGACGCUCACCCCGCAGGACGAGUUCUUCCUCCUGGGCAGUCGGGGAUUGUGGGACAUGUUGUCUCCCAGCGAGGCGGUGGAGGCGGUCAGGAACGUACCGGACGCUCUGACCGCCGCCAAGAAGCUGGUGACGCUGGCCCAGAGCUACGGCUGCUCCGACAGCCUCAGCGCCGUCGUCGUCCAGCUCAGCAUCACCGAGGACUGCUGCUGCUUCUGCGAGCCGCCGCCGCCGCCCCCCAGCCCCGGCCCGGGCGCACACACCAGCACACACCAUUACUCCACAAGCGGUGGCGACGGCAUACCGCUGCCGCCGGCCUCCUCGGGAACAGCGAGCGAGCUGAGCAGCGAGUUCAGCACGUCGGAGAUGAGCAGCGAGGUGGGAUCCACGGCGUCCUCGGAGGAGCCGCCGCCUCAGACCGAGCCCUUGACGUCGCACCUCAACCUGCCGGGACGAGCCGGCGUGCGCAGGCCGGCCUGCGGAGGCGGGAGCUUCCAGAGGCAGUUCUCCGGAGCGCUGUCGGACAACGGGCUGGACAGCGAGGACGAGGAGCCCAUCGCCGGCGUCUUCUCCAACGGCAGCCGCGUGGAGGUGGAGGCCGACGUCCACUGUCUGAACCGACACGACGGCGCGGCGUCUCACGUACACUCUCAGGCUCAGGCGAGCGCAGACACGCCUCCUGCCGCCGCCUCACUUCACGAGCCUUCGCCGUCGCCCUUCUCCUCCCAGUCGCCGUCCCCUGUCCCGCCCUCGUCCCCUUGCCUCGGCGGCGAGGCUCGCUCCGGGACUCUUGGCCGCAGGGCUCGAGCCAACGGCUCCGUCGCCUGCCAGGGGCGGAGCCAGGACCUCAUCGAGGAAGCGGCCGACGCACCAGUCAGGAAGCAGGGCGGCUACUUCAACGCCCCCGCCCAGCCGGACCCCGACGACCAGCUCAUCAUCCCGCCGGAGCUGGAGGAGGAAGUGCGGCAGAUCAUCCAGCAGCAGCAGGAGCAGAUGCAGACACACAACCAGCCGCCGGCGCACAGCUUCCAGAAGCCCGCAGACUACUUCGUCACGCCGCUCUAACUCUUGUCCCGCCCGCCUCUGCUUCUCUUCCAGGAUUUCGGGGACGGAAAACCGCAGAGUCGGGACGCAGCGUUCGGUCGCACCUCUCCCUCCAAAAAACCCUCUGCGUCUUCUGAACGUGGACCAGAGACUAGUUUCUUUAUUUUUUCUACUGUUAACUCUACGCCCCUUCAAAUGCAAUUUUUUAUAUAUAACACUUUACGUUGAUUAGCUCCUCACAUAUCUUUGAUUUGACGAAGCACUUUGGAGGCUUGUUCUCAGACGUCGGAGGUUCAUUCUACGUUCAAACCGGUACUUUGAGAUGUUUUCGUGGCCGUCGGGAGUUAGUAGAACUGUUUAACUAACUCUUAAGGAGUUUAAUACUUUAAAAGUGACUUAGUCACUGACGCGUACUAAUUAUUCUCUGAGAGAAAAAAGACGAUUAUUUUCGGGAGGUGGGAGGUUGUUUUUUUUCCAGGCGUUUGUUGUUUCUCGAGCGGAGCAGAUGUUCCGAGUGGUGCUGCGGUGGUGAGUGAUGAAUGUUCUCAGAACAGUGUUACCGUUUCUCUCUUUACUACGGCAAAUCACGCAACAGAGCUACUUUUGCUAUAUAAUAAAUUAAAGUUUUCAGAUAACCACGA